GGAUGGUGCCGCCGGAGGAAGAGCGCGCCGCCGCCGCCGGGGUGUACCGGGCGCCCCCGGGGCUCGUGCGGGAGGCGCACGUGCCCUCCAUGGAAAAGUACAGGGAGCUCUACCGCCGCUCGGUGGAGGAGCCGCAGGAAUUUUGGGGUGAUAUUGCCAAAGAAUUUUACUGGAGAAGCCGGCACACUGGACCAUUUCUGCAAUACAACUUUGAUGUCACUAAAGGAAAGAUCUCCAUUGAAUGGAUGAAAGGGGCUACAACUAACAUUUGCUACAAUCUGUUGGACAGGAAUAUCUAUGAGAAUAAACUUGGGGACAAAAUAGCUUUUUACUGGGAAGGAAAUGAACCAGGGGAUAACAUGAAGAUCACAUACAAUGAGUUGCUGUGUAAAGUCUGCCAGUUUGCCAAUGUUCUUCAGGAGCAAGGUGUGAAGAAAGGAGACAGAGUUUCUAUCUAUAUGCCAAUGAUUAUUGAAUUGGUGAUAGCUAUGCUGGCUUGUGCCAGAAUUGGAGCACUUCAUUCCAUUGUGUUUGCAGGUUUUUCAUCGGAAUCCCUUUGUGAGAGGAUCCUUGAUUCUCACUGUUCUCUUCUCAUUACUGCAGAUGCCUUUUAUAGAGGUGAUAAGCUGAUUAACCUGAAGCAGAUAGCAGAUGAAGCCUUACAGAAAUGUAAAGACAAGGAUGCUCCUCUGCGAAGGUGCAUUGUGGUCAAGCAUUUAGGGAGGGAAGAGCUGUUAUCAGAUGGGCCCAGCAGCAAAUCUCCACCUCUUAAGAGACUCUGUCAAAGUGUACAGGAAAAAAAGGCUGAGAGCUCAAAGAAAGUCCAUCCCAAGAUUCCUUGGGAUUCAGAAGUCGAUGUUUGGUGGCAUGAGGUUAUGAAAAAUGCUAGCAAGGAGUGUGAGCCUGUUUGGUGUGAUGCAGAAGAUGAAUUGUUUAUUCUCUACACGUCUGGAUCAACAGGGAAACCAAAGGGUGUUGUACAUACUGUGGGUGGAUAUAUGAUUUUCACUGCUGCUACAUUUAAAUACGUAUUUGAUCACCAUCCUGAGGAUAUUUACUGGUGCACAGCUGACAUUGGAUGGAUAACUGGUCAUUCCUACCUCACAUAUGGGCCUUUGGCUAAUGGGGCAACCAGUGUCAUAUUUGAAGGGCUUCCCAUUUACCCAGAUGUUGGCCGCAUGUGGAGCAUCAUUGACAAGUACAAGGUGACCAAGUUCUACACAGCACCCACUGCCAUCCGCCUCCUUAUGAAGUAUGGAGAUGAACCUGUUAGGAAGUACAGCAGGAAGUCUCUGAAGGUGUUAGGAACAGUUGGGGAACCCAUUAAUCCAGAAGCUUGGCUGUGGUACUACAGGGUUGUGGGAGAAGAGAGAUGCCCUAUAGUGGAUACCUUCUGGCAGACAGAGACGGGUGGCCAUGUGUUGACUCCUCUCCCUGCCGCUACACCAAUGAAGCCGGGAUCUGCUACAUUCCCUUUCUUCGGGGUGGUUCCUGCUGUGCUGGAUGAAGCUGGGGAAGAGCUGGAAGGAGAAGCAGAAGGCUACCUGGUUUUUAAACAACCCUGGCCUGGAAUAAUGCGCACAGUGUACAAAAAUCACCAGCGGUUUGAGACCACUUACUUCAAGAAGUUUCCUGGUUAUUAUGUGACUGGAGAUGGCUGCAAAAGAGAUAAAGAUGGUUAUUACUGGAUCACUGGUAGAAUUGAUGACAUGCUGAAUGUUUCAGGACACUUGCUGAGCACUGCAGAAGUAGAAUCGGCUCUGGUAGAACACUCUGCCGUUGCAGAGGCAGCCGUGGUAAGCCAUCCGCAUCCAGUGAAGGGAGAGUGUCUCUACUGUUUUGUGACUCUAAAAGAUGGCCACGAAUUCACAAAGAAGUUGAUGGAAGAACUGAAGAAGCAAGUUAGAGAAAAGAUUGGACCUAUCGCAACUCCAGAUUACAUUCAGCACGCUCCUGGUCUCCCUAAAACCCGUUCAGGUAAAAUUAUGCGGCGAGUGUUAAGGAAGAUUGCCAAAAAUGACCGGGAGCUGGGAGAUACCUCAACAGUGGCAGAUCCAGCGGUUAUAAACCACCUUUUCAACAAUAGAUGUGAAACAAUACUGUAGCAGGGCCAUCCUAGAGAAUACAGCAGUAGUACAGGAAACUUGAUGAGAAUACGAGCACCAUCCAGACAAUGACUGUGUAUUCUUCCAGGCAGAGAAGUUGCCCUGGCUGAGCAGGAUGUAAGAAGCUGUAAAUGAAGACAAGAAACUGGUGCUCCAAGAUCCAGUCCUCAUUUUGUGUUGUAGAUCUAGCUGUCUGUGCCCAUGCAGAAUUGUGUGCAUUAUGUUGUAGACCAAUACUGCAUAUCUGAAAUUCCAGCCUCAUUCAUAUUGUACAGAACUAACAUUUUAAUCAUCAUAAACUUCUUUCAUAGAUUUUUUU